AUAUAUUGGAAUAUUGUGCGUUGCUUCGAUAAUAUCUUGAGCAACUCUAAAAACAGCGCGCACCGCGAAAAAAAGUGAAGCGGAGCGACUUUCAAUUUUAACGACGUGAAAAGUGACUGGGAAAUUGGAAACUAUGGCCGAUGCCGACAAUUUAGAUGCCUUAUCCAAUGCGGAACUGCGAAAAAGGAUGGUGGAGCAGGGACUGCCCAAUAUACCCGUCACAGAUAGCAGUCGCAAGGUGUUGGUCAAACGUUUGAGAGCUUCGAUUGGCGGGGUCGAGUCGCCGGCUGCUGCGAGUCCCAAGAAAGCAGGAAGACGCGAAACCUUGCAUGUUGCUGCUGCAGCAACCAAGACAGAUGCUGUCACCAGCCACAACACGGACGCUCCACAGACAGAGGUGAGCACUCCCAAGGCUCGUCGCACCAUUGCAGUUGCAGCUGCAACAAGUGACCGCACUUCCAAAGAUGUCGAACGUCCACGUCCGCCCUCAACAAAGCCCGUGUCGCAGUCUCUCUCCGAGAAUGCCAAAAAGACAACGGCAACAGCUGCAACGACUGCUCCGGCUCCGGCUCCUGCUCCCAUACAGGCGCGUCGUCGUUCCAGCACCAAUGUUGAGCGCCAAAACGUGACCUCUGCGCGUCCGACCAAAAAGCCGGAGACCAUACAAGAAGAGCCUGUAGUUGCUGCGAAACGCACUGCUAGCAAGAAUACCCUGUUGGCCAAUUCGCUGAUCGUCCUGGAAUCCGACGACGAGGAGGAUGAACAAUUGGUGCAAGCUGCCCAACACAUCGAGGACGAGUUUAAGCGCAAAGAGAAGCCAAAGCUGAGCGCAACCGUGACUAGCACUCAUGAAUACAUCGACAAGUCUGCGUAUGUCACGCCUUCAUCGUACACGCCAUCCUCACUGAGCCAACCGCGUCGCUUUGUUGGGGAUAGUGCAACAACGGGGGCUAUGCUGACGCAAUCCGUUACUAGUCCGGCUGCUCCUGCUCGUCCUCCAUUGGUAUCCAAUUCGUAUGACUAUGUCGGCUUAAGUCGCAGCGGACGUUAUAGCAGCUACUUGGGAUCGCCAGCUCAAAGCUAUGCUGCAGGCACUUCCACUUCAUCUGCCAUUCCAGCUCCCACUUCCAGCUAUGGGCGUGCUCCGCCGCGCACCUACACUAACGAGUUUAGUGACGACAAUGAAGCUGACGAGCCCCGCGAUCAGGGCCCUCAUUUCGAGAGCGACUUUGCCCGAAACCUGGCGCGUCUACGUGCCGAGCGCAUUGGCGACCGAGGCAGCCCGUACACCAGACGCACCAUUGCCGGCACAGGUGCAGGUGGCUAUGAGCCCACAGUGCGUCGUUCCCUGCGCCCCGACAAGGCCAGCUGGCUUCGCUGGUGGGAGGCUGUCGAUAGGGAGUACCAACUGAAGCCCAAAUUAUUUAUUUGCGGCGUUAUUGUUCUACUUAUUGCCGUCUACUGUAUUUUUUAUUAGACCCAUCUGCGAAAUGGAAUACUCAAACACACGAAUUUUUUGUGCAUAACUUUAAAUUUUAGUUCCGUUAAUGUUUAUAUAGUUUCGUUUGUAACCGAUCUGUAAUUCAUUAGUGUUUUGAGAUUGUCAAGCUGCUUGCUAUAUAAUGUAUUUAUCGCUAUUUAUGUCGAACAGCA